AUGGACCCGGGAGGCGGAGGCGGCGACGGCGGGUUCGGCGCGGCGGGGGGCGCGGCGGGCAGGAUGCCGACGUGGCGGGAGCGCGAGAACAACAAGCGGCGUGAGCGCCGGCGCCGCGCCAUCGCCGCCAAGAUCUUCUCCGGCCUGCGCGCGCACGGCGGGUACAAGCUGCCCAAGCACUGCGACAACAACGAGGUGCUCAAGGCGCUCUGCAACGAGGCCGGAUGGGUCGUCGAGCAGGACGGAACCACGUACCGCAAGGGAUGCAGACCUGCAGAACGCAUGGACGCGAUAGGGUGCUCCGUAUCGCCCAGCCCAUGCUCCUCUUAUCAGCCAAGCCCGCGUGCAUCAUACAACGCGAGCCCUACUUCCUCUUCGUUCCCCAGCGGCGCAUCCUCCCCAUUCCUCCCUCAAUCUAACGGCAUGGUAAACGGUGUCGAUGCCAGCCCUAUCCUACCUUGGCUCCAAACUUUCUCCAGUUCUAACCAUUCAAACAAGCGCCCGCAUCUUCCGCCGCUGAUGAUCCACGGCGGCUCUAUCAGCGCCCCGGUGACUCCUCCGCUAAGCUCACCGACCGCGCGCACUCCUCGCAUGAAGACGGACUGGGACGAGCCGGUGAUCCAGCCUCCAUGGCACGGUUCGAACAGUCCGUGCGUUGUCAACUCCACCCCGCCGAGCCCUGGGCGUCAGAUGGUUCCUGACCCAGCAUGGCUAGCUGGCAUCCAGAUCUCAUCAACCAGCCCUUCAUCGCCUACUUUCAGCCUCAUGUCCUCCAACCCAUUCAGCGUCUUCAAAGAAGCGAUCCCCGCCCCCGGCAAUGGCUCGUCGAGGAUGUGCACACCUGGGCAGAGCGGCACGUGCUCCCCUGUGAUCCCUGGCAUGAUGGCGCGGCACCCGGACGUUCACAUGAUGGACGUGGUUUCCGACGAGUUUGCGUUCGGAAGCAGCACCAACGGCGGCGCCCAGCAGGCACCUGGACUGGUGCGGGCGUGGGAGGGCGAACGGAUCCAUGAGGACUCCGGGUCGGACGACCUGGAGCUCACUCUGGGAAGCUCCAGGAAGCGGAGCUGCUGAUGCUAACAAAACCUAACUCGGGAGGGAGGGAUUCUUGCUGUAGUUCAUUUCUUCUUACUUCUGUGUUGAUUAGUUUCUGAAAGAGAGACCAACCGUGUGGUUCCUUCAGAUAGUUUUACUUGAUGUCAUGAUAAUUGUAUUAUUUAUUUGUGCGAAUUAGAGGGAAUGGCUUUGUGUGUUCGGCCAAAAUCACGACCCUGUGCUGUUUCGUGAGCUCGCCGUGCUGUUGUUGUGUCAAAAUGUAAAUUCAUGUGAGAAAUCAUGCAGAUUGCGAAUCUUUU